UUCGUUUUUCUAUUGGUCAAAUAUAUUGUCAUUUAAAUCUUCUGGACGACCGCUGUUAGCUCGUUUGUUUAUCUCUGAACACAUUUGUCAGGAGCUGCACAAAAGUGUUAGCCUUGCCCAAGCCUGCGUAAUUUAUUUGGAAAUGGCAUCUAGCUACAGAAAGCCCACUUCUUCAAACCUGCGGAAGAAAGCAGGACCCAAACCUGACCUAACAGAGGAACAGAAGCAGGAGAUCCGUGAAGCGUUUGACCUCUUUGACACAGACGGAUCGGGGACCAUCGAUGUUAAAGAGCUUAAGGUGGCCAUGAGAGCCUUGGGAUUUGAACCCAAGAAAGAGGAGAUCAAGAAGAUGAUUGCAGACAUUGAUAAGGAGGGCUCUGGCACUAUCGAUUUCAACGACUUUCUGUCCAUGAUGACUGUGAAAAUGAGUGAAAAGGAUUCUAAGGAGGAAAUUCUGAAGGCUUUUCGGUUGUUUGAUGAUGACGGCACAGGGAAAAUCUCUUUUAAAAAUCUUAAAAGAGUGGCCAAAGAGCUUGGAGAAAACCUGACGGACGAGGAGCUCCAGGAAAUGAUAGAUGAGGCAGAUCGGGAUGGAGACGGAGAGAUAAAUGAACAGGAGUUCCUGAGGAUAAUGAAAAAGACAAGUCUGUAUUAGAGUGCUGCGAUAAGAGCAUCCAGCAUGCUCAUAAACUCUCUGCCAGACUUGCACCUUCGACUUGUUGAUGGAACUGGAUGUUGCUUUUUAAGGUUUACUACUUCAGUCAUUUUUUUAUUAUUAUUAUUUUUUUUAAGUAAUCAUUAAAAUGUUAUAUGUUCAUAUUUUGUAAAAUAUUGAAGAAAAUAAAAUGGUUGCUCAAUCUG